AUGGGCAGCGCUUGCGGAGCCGCUGUGAACCACGACAGGAACCUACACCAUGCAGCUCGGAAUGAUGAGGUGCUUGCAGCCAAGGGAACCUUGAGCAAAAGCCGGGCAAGCCUGCACAACAAGGACAAGCUUGGCCAUCACACCCCACUGCACACCGCAGCCUUUGAAGGUGGAGUAUCAGUGGCCCAGCUUUUGGUGGAUUCAAAGGCCCAGCUUGCAGCAGCGGACGAGCACAAUGAUACACCACUCCACCUGGCUACGUACACGGGCCAAGCGGCGCAAGUUCGCAUCGUGCAGAUUUUGCUGAACAAAAGGGCAGCACCAGAUGCUCGUGGCUCCUGGGAAAAGACGGCCCUCCACCUCGCUGCACGACUGGGUCAAGCAGAGGCCGUUCAGCUGCUGAUUGGAGGUGGUGCACAACUGGCGAUGGCCGACAAGGAUGGCGAUCUGCCUCUGCACGAGGCAGCACGUCAUGGGCAAGUCCCCGCCACGCAGGAACUUCUAAAGGCACGAUCCCCGGUGGAUGCGGUGAAUCUGGCGGGAAAGACGGCCUUGCACGUGGCCUGCGCCUGGGGUCAAGAGCAAGUGGUGGAGGUCUUGCUACAAUACUCUGCCUCCAUUCAUUCUGCAGAUCAGUGUGGAAACUCACCUCUUCACGAGGGCGCUCGCGUGGGGAAGCGCUACUUAGCGGAGCGUCUCAUUCAGCAUCGAGCGCCAUUGGAUGCUCAGAAUCGGGAUCGGCGGACGCCUCUCCAUGCAGCAGCGGCUGCGGGCAACUAUGAUUUUGCUGGCAUUCUGAUGCAAUAUGGCGCGAGUCCCGAUGCACCAGAUGCACAAGGGGAUUCCCCAGUUCACCUUGCUGCCUUUUAUGGUCGUGCAGCUGUGCUUGACGUCAUGUUUCAACUCCGGGUGGUCUCCUUGACGCUGAACAAAGAAGGCAGAACGUCAAUUCAUCGUGCCGUGCAAGGAGGUCGCAGUGCAGCCUUGAAGAAGUUAGUGGAUGGUGGGAGGCUUCCCUUGGACACUCCCGACAAUCGAGGCGAGACGCCUUUGCAUCUAGCGACCGCUCUUGGAGACGGACAUGAGGUGGUUGAGACGUUGGCGCGCAACCCUGGCACCUCACUGGAGGCGCAUCGCAGCGAUGGCAUGGCACCCUUGCAACUGGCAGCCAUGCAAGGCAAAACGCGGACCGUGGAGAUGCUCCUCCGUGCCAAAGCGCAGGUGGAGGUUCUAGACAGUGCAGGAAACACCGCUCUUCAUCUUGCUGCAGCUGGUGGUCACUUGGGGGUGGUGCAUGCGCUUCUGGCACGUCAGGCUUCGCCCAAUUUGCGAAACAGCUGCAAUGAGACAGCCUUCCAGGUGGCUGGUACCCGUGGAUUCGUGGAGGUUGCCAGGGCAAUGAAUCCCUUUGUGUCUGCAGAGCCCAUGCAGGUCACGCAGCCAGCUCCUCUCGCCUUUGCGCAAACGCCUUCUCCUAUUGCAGCUGCUACAGCAUAUGCAACCUUUGGAGCAGCCAGUCCUGGUGGAAUGUCACCUAUGUCUCCGGCCAAUGCACGGGCCAGAUCUCUUCCACCACCACGCAGCGGCAAAGAACCGUUGGUGGCCCUGUUGCGGCGGGGACAAGCUGCAUCACCUGCUGCGACGCUGCGGGGCUGCUUGCUUUCGCCCCAAAGCGAUCAAGCAGCCUUGAGCUCCCUUCUGGAUCGUUCAGCACAAGGCAGACAGCGUCCAAAUCCAUUGCAUGCGACGGCGCCAGAACUUCGAGUUGCACCACCUGCGUGGGGAGCACAGGCCGUCUGCUCCAGCCCCGCCCAUGCUCACUGCACCUGCUGUGCCAUGUGGCCCGCGGAUAGCUCAGAUAACCAGAACGUGGCCCAAAGGAACGCAGGACUGAACAUCAGAGAGCUGGAGGGAUGUGCUGCAUUUGGCAAGGCAUCCUGCAAAGCAGCGCCAUUCUACUUGUGUUCUGGUUUUGAGCGGGCCCAAAGGAACGCAGGACUGAACAUCAGAGAGCUGGAGGGAUGUGCUGCAUUUGGCAAGGUCACGUCAGCCAUGGCUGCACUGGCAUUGUCCCUCAUGGAGAGGGUGGCAGACGCGCAGCUGGCGCGCAACACCAUCUUUCCGGACAACGCCACCAGCCCCGUAGUGGGCCUACUGCUGAUGGCAGCCACUUCAGCGCUGGACCACUGGACGCUAUGCGGCAACAACCCAGUUCGGCACCUGAGUCUGACUCUUGUCCAGAUGAUGGCCAUCAUUGGCCCCUUAGCCUGUGAGUCGACAGCGGCCAUGGCAGAGGGGGACUUUGUAUGGACAGAGGGUCCAGACCAUCCCACUGGAGAGGAGGUAGCCCGAGAGAUGACCGCGCUCAGGGCUGAACUGGAACUUGCCACGGAUCAUAUGAUUCGUUGGCGCCUCGCCAAAGACGCCGAAUCAGGGACCCGGGCAGACCGGCUCCUCUACUCUGCGGUGCUGGCCAUAGAGGAACUUCGCUAUUAUGACAUCUUCCCGUCCCUCAACCUGAUCCAAACGGCCCUGAAAAACUAUCAGUGGCGCAUGCAGACGGCGCUCCUGGAAAGAACUCAGGACAGGCUUCAGGAAGCCAUGAUGGCUGGCCAGCAGCCCCAGGGACAGGCUCUGCUCAUUUUGAUCAUUGCGCGGGUUGAAAAAGGGACCGCAGAGUUCUGCAAGGCUGGGCUUGAACAACUUGCCCCUGACCUAGUCCGCCAUGGGAUCGUCAGCCUCAACCAGCUGGUGUUGAGGUAUGACGCACUGCAUGAGGCAGGCAUGCCCCAUUGGCAAUUGGAGGCCAUCCUUGCCUCCUCGGGGACCCCGGCAGCAGGCCCGGGCGCUACCCCGGACACAACAAACCGGAUCGAUCUUCCGGUGCGUCGCAUGGGCAAGAGAGCCUGCUUACAGGCGGCGUUGGAAGCGGCCUUACCGAACCAGAGGCAACGGUCUUUGCAACUUCUGGACCAAGAUGUGUUGGCGAAGUCAACCAACCCAGCAGUCGAAGCUCGAGUCCGAACCUACAUGGCCAUCUGCCGUGCUUGGGAGAUAGCUGGAUUCCCACUGGACGGCAACAAUAUCAGAUGCUUUGGUGCAUCGCUCAAAGCGGGUGGGUACCGCAGUGCGGCAGUGUACUUUCAGGCCAUAUGCGGCCACCAACAGAGAGUACUCAAGACACCAGUCCCAGCCAUUGUCAAGCUGGGCAUCAGAGAUUGCAUCAGGUCCAUCCAACGUGGGCUUGGCGAGAGCAAGCUCAAGGAUGCCUUCAACGGGCUACUUUUAGGAGGCAUACAGCCGACCUCAGAUGAAGAGCCUUUUUCGUUUGACAAUAUCUCCCACUGCCGGGACAUGGCCAUGAUCGGGUUGUGGUUCAUGCUCCGUGAGUCUGAAAUGGCAAGUGCACGGGCAUGCGACAUCCGCUUAGAUGGCAACGAAGUCUGUCUGAGCAUUCCCAUCCACAAGACGGAUCAACGAGGACGGUACACAGAACGGUCCUUGACAUGCUCCUGCACCGUGAAAAUCCACGGGAUGUGUGUUUGGCACAGUGCCGAACGUCACCUGGUCCGACUGGAAGCCCUCGUCAAUGGAGGCUCACGGCAACACCUUCCACUGUUUCCAGAUUCAGACGGACGCACAGCAUCCAAGAGCACCUUCAUUGAAGCGGUUCGAAGAGUCAUAGCAAGAACGGGAACUUCACUCACACGCCCAGGUCCAGAGGGGCAAGAGACACAGAGAUACCACGGCCACGUGCUCCGGAUCUCAGGUGCACAGAUGCUGUCGAGCUCUGGGGUCGAACUCUCCUUGAUCCAGUUGCUCGGGAGGUGGACCAGUACAGCCGUACUGCGCUACACCCAGGACAGCGCCUUGAAUAGGGUGCCCCAGAUACCCCAACAAGUGUUGCAAGACGAUGCGGCUGGCACAUGCAAACUACAACUACAAGUGGUUCAGGGAGCCGGCAAGGCAUCAUCGAGCCAGGCGUCGCCUCAACCGGCUGCACCCGCAGCCAGACCCAAGGCCCUGGCAGCAGCAGUCAGAGGCUUGAAAGCUGAGCUCGAACAAGUGAAGCAGGCCGUGCAGGCGCCUGCACAAACAUAUGUUUUCCGCCCAAGGGCCAGAAUCCUACACAAAGCCUCAUAUCAUGAGGACAGCAAUGAACCCGUCAAAUGGCGGACACCGUGUGGCUGGAACUAUGGCAGUCGCACAUUUUUGAGAACGUCCAACGAGUUUGACGGAGCCAGACGUUGUAGGAAGUGUUUUAACCUGAGCGAAGACUCAAGCUCAGAUAGCAGUGACGGGUCCUCAGGCCUCACUGAUUUAGCCAGCUCCUCUGCAAGCAGCGCAGAGGCAGACUAG